AUGUUGAAUCGGCUAUGCUAUGCCAUUGGCUCCAUCAGCGGCUCCAUGCAGGAGUCGGACGAGCGGAAGUUCGUUGUCGCCGUCAUCAAGGAUCUUCUGAACCUCUGUGACAUGAAGAAAGGGAAGGAGCGAAAAGGGUAUGUGGUGGGCCAGUACCCGCGAUUUCUCCGAGCACAUUGGAAGUUCUUGAGAACAGCACCUCGCUUGCAAGGAAUCAAGCUGCAGCUCGAGGUAGUUUUCAAGCUCUUCGAGUUCAUGCACGAGACGUUUCCUGGCGUCCAGCAGAUGGCGGUCGACACGUUCCUGCGGAUAUGCCAGAAGUGCAAGAAGAAGUUUGUUAUCCAACAGAACAACGAGCCGGCGCCUUUCAUUGAGACCUUGCCGAGCCACAUCGCGCAGGACAUCUCGGAAUUGGAGCCGUUGCAGAUCUGUACCUUCUUCGAGGCAGUUGGUCACAUGAUCAGUGCAGCCGGGGACCAGAAGGUGCGGCUCAUUGCUCUGCUGAUGGGCCUUUUCAAUGAGAAGUGGAAUGGCAUUCUGAGAGGACUUGCUUGCAGAGCCGAAGGACUCACUGCGACGGGAUCCUUGGAAGUCUUUGUCCAGAACCAGCAGGUGUUGCGUGACAUCUCGCUGAUCUUGCGAGUGAAUGAACGGAUGGUUGUUGCCAUUGGCACCGCCUGCCAUGCUCAGCUCGAAGGCAUGUAUUGCGACAUGCUGAAGAUCUACAAGGUCUGCAGCGACUUCAUUUCUCAUAGCACUUCGCAGCAGGGUGCACAAGUCAUGAACCUGGCGAAUGUGCGUUUACUGCGCAAUGUGAAGCGUGACACUCUGCGGUUGGUGCGGUCCUUUGUGGACGCCGCCACGCCCCAGGGUGCGGCUGAAAUGCGCCUAACUCCAGCAACGAUUGCGCAGCGCUUCGUGCCGCCCCUGCUGGAACCGGUGUUGGCCGACUACCGCAGUAACAUGCCACAGGCCCGGGACGCAGAAGUCUUAGAUUUGCUUGCUGUCCUAGCAACCAGGAUACACGAAUCCAUCUCUCCAGAAGUCGGCCGCAUCUUCGAGAUGGUCCUUGAGUGCACGUGUGACAUGAUCAAGGGCGACUUCCAGAGCUAUCCGGAUCACAGGGUGAAGUUUUACGACUUGCUCAAGGCAAUCAAUGCAAACUGCUUCCAGGCCCUGUUCUACUUACCAGAGGCACAGCUCAUCCUCUUCGUGGAGUCCUUGAUUUGGGCUAUGAAGCAUGAGCAGCCCCAAGUGGCGGACAGCGGCUUGCAGGUCCUGUCGCAAUUCUUGGAGCGCCUUCUCAAUGGCCCCAGCUCCAUUUAUGUUCCUUUCUUCAAGCAGUACUACUUCUUGAUCCUUCAGUCUGUGAUCGGCGUCUUAACGGACACGUGUCACAAGAGCGGCUUCAAACUCCAGCAGCACAUUUUGCUGCAGCUCAUUGUUGCGGCAGAGAAUCAAAUGCUCAGCGAUGCAGCGCCAAAGCAGCGGGUGAUGGAGUUCCUGUUCGAGCUCAUUGGCAAGUCCUUCCCGACUCUGAACAAGAGCCAGGCGGAGAUCUUUGUGCUGCAUUGCUUCAAUAAGUCGCGCCAACCAGCCGAGUUUCAGCAGCACAUCCGUGACUUUCUGAUCCAGCUGAAGGAGUGGGGCAGCCAUGAAUCAGCCCUCUACGAGGCAGAUCGAAAAGCAGCACAGGACGAGCAGCAGCAGCUGGAGCGACAAUGGAGGAUGCAGGUGCCAGGCCUAGUUCCGCAGUACGACCCCGGGCGGGCGGAUAUGGACGACCUCUAA